GGUGUGGCAAGUUGAAAAAAAUUACAGGAUUUAAUUUUUAUUUUCCUAUUAUUCGCUGAUUUGGUCCACCAGUCGUUUGCCUUCCCUCCAUUGGCAGCGAAUCAGCAUUUGACUCUGGUGGUUCACCCACCACUCUUAAAUCAGCUGAUCGCUGAGUAAAUGGUUUUGGACUAGUCUGCAAGAAAUCCUCGAUACUGUCUAAACUUUUGUAAAAUGUCUUUGAACACGGCUCACGCCAAUGGCGGUGUCCUCAUACAUUCCGGCGAGUGCAUUCUUCUGUUUUCGGACAAUGUUACCAUGGAAUUUCACGGACCAGAACAGCCAGAAUUUAGUGGUACAAAACGAGGCAGACUUUUCCUGACCACACAUCGUAUGAUUUUCAAUGCAAAGGAUCAGAAAGAAAGAAUGCAAUCAUUCAGCUUUCCUUUUAUCACUUUAAGUGAUGUCGAACUAGAACAGCCAAUGUUUGGGGCUAAUUAUAUUAAAGGAAAAUGCCGUGCCCAACCUAAUGGCAAUUGGAUUGGCGAGUGUAAAUUCAAGCUGCAGUUCAAAAAUGGUGGCGCCAUUGAAUUUGGACAAGCAAUGCUGAGAGCCGCUUCCAUGGCAAAUCGAAAUGGUCCUGGAUUUGAUUCGCCACCCCCAUACCAACCACCAACUUCUGGCUGGUACGCUGCAGCUCCGGCAGCAUAUCAGGCCGCUCCAGCUGGAUAUUAUGGCUGGCAACCACCAACAAAUGUAUUUCCUGACCAACCAGCAGAAAAUGGAGUUUAUAUGACUGAUUCUCCACCACCAUACCCGGGUAUCAAUGGACCUUAUCAAGGUUACGCCUCCAGUGCAGCUCCACAACAGCAGCCACAGCCCGGUGCCUGGGGAACAUCUACACAACAUGGUAACUGGGGUCAGCCUCCCUCAAAUGGCGCUCCUGGAUGGACUAACCCAGGUUACAACCCUCAAUCAAUGUCUCAAGGAGGUGCGUAUUCAAAUUACGGACAGCCUAGUUACACAAAUUAUCAACAAGCUCCACCCCAAUAUUCACAGUAUCCCCAAAAUCCACCUCAAUAUACACAGGGUUUACCCCAGUAUCCUCAAUAUUCACAAAAUGCACAGAGUGGAUACCACAACCCACCUGGUACGUACCAGCAGCAAAAGCCGUACUAAUAUAAGGAAUGGUUUUGAGAAACCAAAUGAAACAGGCGGUUACUUUUAACAAGUCUUAUGGGUUGAAAGAAAUUGUGAGAACUUUUCUUUCUUUGUGCGGAACACUACCCAACCCGUUCAAUACUGUGAAUUAGCAGCUUUCCAAAUUUGGGUAUGAGCAGAAUAAUAUUGAGUGAUAUAGACAAGAAUACCUUUCAAUGGUGAUAAAUUAUAACAAAAAGUCUGUCCUCAUUACGCUAUCCAUCUACACAGUUUGUUUGCUACAACCCCAUGCUAACUUUACACUCCUAUGCAUCUAUCUACAUACAUCAUAUUUGGAUGGAGUUUGUGAUACUUGUAUGCGGUAAUUAUUAUAAUUGUUAUUAUUAAUAUUGUUAUUGUCACUACUAUUAUUAUGAUCAUUACUAUUAUCAUUAUUGUUGUUAUUAUCGUUAUUAUUACUGGUAUUACGACUAUUAAUGUUGUUGUUGUUAUUAUUAUUAUGAGUAUUAUUAUUAUUGUGACUGUUAGUAUUACUUUUAUUAUUAUUCUUAAAGAUUUCGACAAAAGACAAGCAAAUGAAACUAAUAAUGUACUCAUAUUUCUAUUCCGAUACCAUCAUGGCAAUGUAACUUGAGCCACCAAGCACUAUGUCUAUACUUCGGUCGAUUUAUAUCUAUAUUUGAUUUUGAAAUUAUCAGAUCAAGGAAUUGUCGUUCCUCUCGGUUUGAUCUUUGAUAAUCAACAGUCAGGAAAUUUGUCUGAUAAUCUGAAAUGUUAUCUCGCAUGACCUCAGACAUUCGCAACGGUGCUAAGCAUUCGGUUGGUUUUACAUAAGAUGACAAGAUAUGUGGACUGUUUCAUAAAGGGCAGCAAAUAUUGUUGACGCUUGCUACUUCAUGUACAACAAUGUUGAUUUUCCAAAUCAUUUCUAAUAUCCGUGUGCAUUUUUCUUGUGCUAAAAUGGCAUAAUUCACAAGUAACCAAUUUUGUUUGAGACCUUGGCUAUUCAUAUAUUAUUGCUCUCAUUAUAACUCAUGCGUCACAAGCAAUGUAGUUAUAUAUCAUGAUAUUCUUUGACACCGGUGAUUGAAUUGAAUGUUUUACUGACGCUGUUAUUUUUUUGUCGUAUAAUUAUAUAGCUUUAAAAAACAAUAUAAAAAUACAAAUGUUGACCAUCA